AUGGCAACCUCUGCAAUCAUAAGACGUAAUAGUUUUGAUCGUUUGCGUGCGAUGGAAUAUGAUCAAACAGAAUCAACGUACGUGUGUGAUUGUGGAAAUGAAUAUAUGAAUGAGAACACUCUCAACCUACAUAAAAAAAAUGAUUGCAAAAAUCGAUCAAUUAAAUGUUCAUUUUGUUCAGAAACAUUUCCAUCGUCAAAUCUCAUACGUGAUCAUUUACUUUUCUGCGGAAAUAAAACUGAUCAAUGUCCACGUUGUCAUCAAUUAAUACGACGUUCGCAUUUUGCUUAUCACUAUGAAAACAAAUGUGUAUCAGUUGAUGAAAUAGAAACUCCUCCAAGUCGAAUUAAAAAUCGAUCGGUACAUCAUGCACCUGUAAAUCUUAAUAUGCCAUUUUCGAGAGUCGAUGUUCCCAGUAAUGGCUAUCCUGAAGAAUAUCCUGGACAAAAGUCUUCGACAAAUUCUCCAAGAGGAAACGGUAAAAUGCAAUUGACUCUGUCAAAUCCAAACGAUUCAUCGAUGAUAAUCAAAUGCGAAUUUUGUCAUAAUGAAUGUGUUCGAAAUGACUAUCGAACUCAUAAGGAUAAUUGCCUUAAAAAUCCAGCAAAUAUUAACCGAAAACAAACAAUUGCAAUACCGUUAAGGCCAAAUCAAGCUUCAGCUAGUUCCAAUGGUAUUGUUCAUAUCCCGUGUGAAAUUUGUCAACAGCCCAUUGAUUUACCUAAUUGGUCAAAUCAUACUCAAAGUUGCCGUGAACGAGAGCAACAACGAUUAAACAAACGUGCCGAAACAAUUAAUCAAGAAUCUGUUACUGAACAGUUUCCAUGUGAAUAUUGUCAACAAUUAUAUUUAGCUCAACAACUUCAUGCACACGAAAAAAGCUGUGGGAGAAAUCCGACUAAUACAGUCUUAGUACGUGGCCAUGCUCAACGGCCACAACUUUCAAAUAAUGUCUUUCUACCAAUCAAACGACAGAAUAAUCAAAGCAAUCCAAUUUCGCCUAAACCUCGAUCACCAGACGAUCCUCGUUUUGCUCAAUAUCAACGUAUUGAUAUUGACCGUACACACCAAGCCAAUAGAUCACUGGAUAAUGAGAGAGAAAAUUCUGCUCGUCGCGGUCGUAGUAAUGACAAUUUAUCGAUGCGAUCAAAUGAAAUCCUAGUAGAAUCACCAAGAGAACCUAAUCCACAUGGGAUCUCACGGCGUGUCAAAUCAUCUGAUAACUUACGACUCGUAUAUGAUAAUCAAGAUUUAAGUAAUAAUUCUGACGGUUAUCCCCCACGACCCCCCAAUAACAGUCGUCGACAUCAAAAUAACAUUAACCGUAAAAGUGAAAGGCGCGAACUAAUGAACGAUAAUUAUAUCUGUCCCAAAGCGGGCAAGAAGAAAAAAUCUUGGUAA